CUUUAAACAGCACUCAAGCUUUAAAGCUUAGUUUGAAACCAAAAUUUGCAUUAGAAACCACUUUCACCGUGUUGACUUAACUCAUCACAGCAAGGCGCAGCAAGGAACCAGUGCAAUUUUUGUCACAUUUUUCACAAAACUUUUAUUUUUGAUGUUUGAAAUCUUUCGCCCGUCCGUAAACGAAAACAAUGACCAGUUCGUCAGCUCCUAUCUUGUAUCCAACAUUGAAAGGAUUGGAAUCGUCCAAUUCAAGUUUUGUUCAAGUUUCGCAACCAAUCAGAGAGGUAAACAGAAAUUUAACGUCAAGUCAUCGGAACAGUGCAUUGAAAGCAGAAAGAGGAUACAAAACCAAACAGGCGAAGCCGCGUGAAUAUGCCGAGAAAAACGAUGAGUUCACAAUGAGGCGUCAACCGAGGGAAUACUCGAGAACACCAAUUCUGAGCGAUGAAGAUGUGGAUAGUAGAAGAACUACUGAGCCAGCGAACCAUUAUGGUGAAACUUCAGAUGCCGAUUUCAAGACCAAACUGAAAGUCGAAAAAUCGCAACAGUACGACAUUGAGGAAUGUAGAAUCAUGACUACGGAUCAUAACUCCAAAGAAAAGGAGAAACAAUUAAAGGAAAUCACUGAGUUGAGUUUGAUGAAACCGGAAUUGGUUCAAGGUCUGAUAAGCAAACAUCCAAAACACACGAUCAUCAUCAAUAAUACCUUCAUCAAUCGAUCUCCCACUGACCAAGACGAAUUUCUGGCAAAAUUUUCUCCAACAUUUUACAGUCAAAAUCCUAACGUUGUCUCAGUUCGGGAUGUAAUACCAUCAGUCACUGAGAACGAUAAUAACCAUAUGAAGCCGUUGACUGACGGUGUACAGGAGGAAAUUUUGAAACCAGAAGUUGACCGUGAAACCCCAUCGCCUAACGUCGAAAACUCGAAAAUUGUUUAGACAAAACGAUUUCUAGCGAUUAGUGUAUCGAUUUACUGAGUCAGUGAAGCGGGAACAUCUUUAUUUUUUGAUGAGAACGACAAGGAGAAAGAGAAAAAUACGGGCAGAUAAUAACCACAUUAUUCUAUUAUGUACAUUUGACAAAAUUUUAUUAUAUUAAAAAGAAAAGAAGAACAAAAAUCCAAGUGAAUGAAAGAAAGGAAAGGAAAAAAAACCUAAAUUAUCUAAUAGAGUGUACCAAUAAAAAUAUUUGAAACGAAAAGAACAAAAUUAAAUCAAAUUUAAGUAAAAACAAAACAAAACAAAACAAAAAUUAUAUUUGAUGCAAACAAAAAGAAAUUUUAAUUUGAAAUUUUAGGCAAAAAUUUAUUAUUAUAGAAAAACUGAAUGGUUUCUGGUUCAAAAUUAAACGAAUAAAAAAA